CUCAGUGAAGCAACGAGGAUGGCGGGGAGAGGGAAGGGGCUGGGCUCUGGGCGGUGCCAAGUCUGUGAGGGGGCGCGGUCACCGCCCAGGGUUCCCACGAACGCCAAGGCGGCCACGUCCUGCUACCCCUGGUGAAGAAGCUGCCUGGGGCUUGUCGUCCUAGGGCCUCCAGACAUGUCUGAGGUGAAGAGCCGGAAGAAGUCGGGGCCCAAGGGAGCCCCUACUGCGGAGCCCGGGAAGCGGAGCGAGGGCGGGAAGACCCCCGUGGCCCGGGGCGGCGGAGGCGGGGGCUGGGCAGACCCCCGAACGUGCCUGAGCCUGCUGUCGCUGGGGACGUGCCUGGGCCUGGCCUGGUUUGUAUUUCAGCAGUCGGAAAAAUUUGCAAAGGUGGAAAACCAAUACCAGUUACUGAAACUAGAAACCAAUGAAUUCCAACAACUUCAAAGUAAAAUCAGUUUAAUUUCAGAAAAGCUUGAGUCUACUGAAAGCAUCCUGCAGGAAGCUACAUCAUCCAUGUCUUUGAUGACCCAGUUUGAGCAGGCAGUAUCCAACCUCCAAGAUAUCAUGCAUGACAUUCAAAAUAAUGAAGAGGUGCUCACUCAAAGGAUGCAAAGCCUUAAUGAGAAAUUUCAGAAUAUUACGGAUUUCUGGAAGAGAAGCCUAGAAGAAAUGAACGUUAAUACAGACAUUUUCAAAUCAGAAGCAAAACAUAUACAUUCUCAAGUAACUGUCCAAAUUAACUCGGCUGAGCAGGAAAUAAAAUUGCUCACUGAACGGCUGAAAGAUUUGGAAGAUAGCACACUAAGAAAUAUUAGAACAGUAAAAAGACAAGAAGAAGAAGAUCUCCUGCGAGUAGAGGAGCAGCUAGGCUCUGAUACAAAGGCAGUUGAAAAGUUAGAAGAGGAACAGCAUGCCCUCUUUGCCAGAGAUGAAGAUCUGACUAAUAAACUUUCCGACUACGAACCCAAAGUUGAAGAAUGCAAGACACAUUUGCCAACAAUUGAAAGUGCUGUUCACUCUGUUCUCAGAGUCUCUCAGGAUCUGAUAGGAACAGAAAAGAAAAUGGAAGACUUGACUAUGCAGAUGUUUAAUAUGGAAGAUGAUAUGCUGAAAGCAGUGUCUGAAAUAAUGGAGAUGCAGAAAACCCUUGAAGGAAUUCAGUAUGAUAAUAGCAUAUUAAAGAUACAAAAUGAACUGGAUGUUCUAAAAGAAAAAGUUCAUGAUUUUAUAGCAUACUCAAAUACAGGAGAAAAGGGAACUUUAAAAGAAUAUAAUAUAGAAAAUAAAGGAAUUGGUGGUGAUUUUUAAAUUCAUGACAUUUAUUCUGAUGAACCAUAUCAUUAUACAUAAAUUGAUUAGUCCAUUGAUUUUGAGUUACUUUGAUAUGCCUCAUCUUAUCCUACAUUAUUGGAAAAUAAAUGAGAUGUCCACACAAAUGGAUUAUCCACAUAAUCAAAGCUUAUCUUUUUAAGCACUAAAACUUAUUUCAUUGUAACCAUUUGAAAUAGAAAUAGUUCUUUAAAAAUAUUUCUCUACUUUUAAAACAAGAUACUUAAUAUUUUUAAUGUUUUUUAAAGCAUUAAUAUACAUCAUUAUUCAUUUCACCUAUUAUAUUGGACCCACAUAUAUUGAUGUCUCCAGGGGCUAAUGAAGAGUAUUUACCACUUCACUAAAUGACCCCAAUUUGCCAUUUUUCAAACCUAUGUCUCAUAACUUUUCUGUCACCUGAUCUUACUGUCAGGUUGGUUGGUAAUGUGCCUGCCUCAGCCAGUUCUUCACUUUCUUAUGUAAUUCACUGCAGAUUAAGAAUCCAGACAACCAAGUUCAUGGGAAUUUUGUGUAAAAUAAAAGAUAACAUGCCUGAGGGAGAGCCUGGUGCCUUUGCUAUGAAUUAAUAUGCACUUUCUGAAAACUAUAAAGCCUGGUAAACAUUUUAGUUUUUGUUAAGGUUCUAAACUGUGUUACAGAUACUUGUAAGACUUUUAAAAUCAGAGUAAGUAUGUUCUUACAUAAGGCCUUUCUUAGGAAUUAUGUGUAUAUAAAUCUUUGAAAUAUCUUUAUAUACCUGGGUUUUAGGUUCCAACUGUAUUAGACAUGAGUUUGCUAGAUCCAUGAUCUCUAGAUGGUUUACUUAAAUAGGCCGGGUGCGGUGGCUCACACCUGUAAUCCCAGCACUUUGGGAGGCCAAGGCGGGCAGAUCACGAAGUCAGGAGAUCAAGACCAUCCUGGCUAACACGGUGAAACCCCGUCUCUACUAAAAAAUACAAAAAAUUAGCCGGGCGUGGUGGUGGGUGCCUGUAGUCCUAGCUACUCAGGAGGCUGAGACAGGAGAUUGGUGUGAACCCGGGAGGCGGAGCUUGCAGUGAGCCGAGAUUGCGCCAUUGCACUCCAGCCUGAGUGACAAAGCGAGACUCUGUCUCAAUAAAUAAAUAAAUAAAUAAAUAAAUAAAUAAAAAUAAGCCUGUGGCCUGUUUUGAGGGAAAAGUAACAUAACUCUGAUAAUUAAUUAUGAUAAUAACUAUGAUAGUUAAAAGUAUGUCAUUUUAAAGAUUUCCCAAACCACACCACUAAAUUUGUUUUAUGAAUUGAUUUUAUUUUAUUUGAAAUUAUAUAAUGCAGUCAACUGCAUAUGGAAGUUUCUACUUGUUUCUUUGUCAAUAACCUUACCAGUUUUAUAAUGCAGUUUUCAAUGGAAUUAUGCACAAAGAACUUGAAAGCAGUCAGUUACAAAAAGGUAGUUGUGGUCAAGUAGUUUUAAUAUGUAAAUUUGCAAGUUUUUGGAGAACCCCCAAACUCCUUCUCCACUGGAGUUAGGAGGGCCUGUGGUAGACAGCGUGAAUCAUAAAAAUAAGCCUGGAGAGUUCUGUUAUUAAGGGGCAUAGCAUUAAUUUUUGCAGUCUUAAAAUUACACUUCUUGACUUCUGAAUGUCUCUUAUUUGCGUGCACUGACAAAAUUCUAUUUGUUUACUUUUACUUUAAUGCUAAUAAAAUAGAUUAUAAAGUAA